CUAAAAUAUAUGAAAAAAACAAAUAUCUAAAUUAUCAAACUAAAAGACAAGACACAAACAAACAAAACUCUAUGAAAACUCUCCUAUAUAUUAUUCAAUUCCAAAAUUUUAUCCUCGUUGAAGCCGAAUCUGUCCAUUCAAUCUUUGAAUGAACUCUUCAACCCUCCUAUUUAACUCUUCAUUUGACAUGUUGGAAAAUUCAUUCUCUUCUCCUUCUUCUCCAGAUACUUCUUCUAUUAGGAACUCAAGUUCCAUGAUAGAAGUAUCUGGAGAUGAGGUCUGAAUGCAUAGUCAGCAAAGGUAAACAUAAAGUGUUAACAUCCUGUCUCCAGCUGUUCCUGUACUUUUUGAAUUACCAAUGAAUUGGGUAUCUGACAAACUUUCUUUCUUUCUUUGUUUUAUUUUUUGCCUGGAAAAGACAAGGAAUUUGCACGCAACUUCCAAAACAAUUACCAUUGUCAACAAACCAACAGGGAAAGGAAGUCUCUACCAACUGAAUCGGAUUUAACAAAGAAACCAUAGUCUAUUCCGAACAAAAGUCAAAAAGAAAACAAAUGAAGUCAGGUUUGGUUCCAUGCAUUUCAUAAUAGAAUAUCUGUGAGGACUUGGUCUCUCCUAGACAUGGAAGUAAACCGCUCUCCUUGUGACAACUGCUAACAUUUGGAAACACCCUUCCCUUGUUCUUUUCUCCUUGUUUUCCUAUGCUCACCCAUUGCUCCCUCUCUCUCUCUCUCCUCGCAUAUAAAUAGGCUCACCAUCUUCCAAUCCAGUGGUGCACUCCCCAUUCCACAUUUCCAGCAUAAGUAAAACUAGACUAAACCUUGAUCCUCAUCCUCACCUUGAAGUGGUUCGACUACUGACAUAAUGGUUGAAUCAAAUCCACCUCUAUUAAACAAUUAUCUGCAGCUUUCUAAAAAAAUUUCUGCUCCUGAUUGCGAGGAUGAGGAAUGCAAGCUAGUUACAAGAGAAUGCCAACUCCCCUUGAUAUACCUCAAAGCUCUAAACAGUCCAGACAAAAGCGAGAGGCAAGCUUGCUCCGAAGCCAUAUGUAAAACUUCUUCAGAGUGGGGUUUCUUCCAACUAGUGGAUCAUGGAAUAAGUACCAAGCUCCUAAGGAAAAUGAGGAGAGAGCAAGUGAGGUUGUUUGAAACACCCUUUGAGAAGAAGGCUACUUGUGGGAUCCUAAAUAAUUCAUACAGGUGGGGAUCACCGACUGCUACUCGUCUAAAACAAUUCUCCUGGUCCGAGGCUUUCCAUGUUCCUCUUGAUAAAGUUUCAGAACCAGCCUGCUACGAGGAGUUCACUUCUCUAAGGGAAGUGAUGAUAGAAUUUUCGGCAGAAAUGUCAAAGCUUGCGAGGCUGCUUGCAGGUGUCUUGGCAGAAAACUUGGGCAGCAAAAUAGAGGAGUUUGACAAUAUUUGUCACGAAAGUACUUGCUUUCUACGCCUGAACCACUACCCAGCUUGCCCUAUAUCACCAAAUAUUUCUGGAUUCGUGCCCCACACUGACAGUGAUUUCCUUACAAUCCUUUAUCAAGAUCAAGUAGGUGGACUUCAACUGAUGAAAGACUGCAACUGGGUUGCUGUAAAACCAAAUCAAGAUGCUCUUAUCGUCAACAUCGGAGAUCUUUUCCAGGCAUGGAGCAAUGACAUAUAUAAAAGUGUAGAGCACAGGGUUGUCACUAACGAGAAGAUGGAAAGAUACUCAGUAGCUUACUUCCUAUGCCCUUCUUAUGAUUCAUUGAUUGGAAGUAGCAAAGAACCUUCUAUAUAUAGAAACUUUACUUUUGGCGAAUAUAGGAAACAAGUUCGAGAAGAUGUCAACAAAACUGGGCACAAGGUUGGGCUGCCAAGAUUUCGAAUUUUGACCCCUGAGAAUCAUUCUCAAGAGCUUUGCUAAACUAUAGAUGUUUUGAAGGAAGGAGUCAAGACAAAGCUCAGUAAAACACAUGGCAUGUGUUCUGACCAAGACUGCUGUUUUGUAUAGGAGAAAUCCUAGAUCCAGCCAGAUAUCGUACAUUUUUAUAAAAAUAUCAUAGCAAUUUUGCAAUGAAACAGAAAACAUAGAGAAUUAUAAACUAUGUUUAGGUGAACAUGGGCUCUUUCUGAGCGGACUAUGUAUUUUAAUGCAGAAAAUCAUUUAUUAUUCAUCAAAAAAGUUACAAGCAUGCAUAGCAUAUGUCAUGCGAAUGACCUUCUGAUAUCAAACUCCC